UGCCACUACUUAACGUUGACUUGCAGACAUUCCGAUAAGAACAUCGCGAAAGGUGGAGGUUGUUAUCGCUGAAGUGUUCGUGCUGGUUUAGGGACGAUAGCAAUGCAUAUUUUAUUCGUCGCGGUUGCUUUAGGAUUCGUACUGAAGGAAGCUCGCGCUUGGGGUUACAAGAAUGGAAUACUUCACAACUCCAUUUGGCUUGAGCAAGCAGCUGGAGUUUACCACAGGGAGUCUCGUAAAGGAAGAUACCAGCUGACAUAUAAGGAGGCCAAAGCUGUUUGCAAAUUCGAGGGAGGAACAAUAGCUACUUAUGAUCAACUGGAGGCUGCCAGACAAAUAGGCUUCCAUGUGUGUGCAGCUGGAUGGUUUGACAGAGGCCGUGUGGGAUAUCCCAUUGUCAAACCUGGUGCCAACUGUGGUUUUGGGAAAGUUGGAAUCAUCGAUUAUGGUUAUCGGCUAAAUAAAAGCGAACGAUGGGAUGUGUAUUGCUACAACCCUAACUCAAAAGAGUGUGGUGGUGUGCAUACCGACCCGGUAAAGGUUUUACAGUCUCCUGGUUUUCCAGAGGAGUACCUUGACGAACAGAUAUGUUACUGGCACAUCCGCUUGCGCUAUGGCCAGAGAAUCAGACUGCAUUUCCUGGAGUUUGACAUAGAGGAUGACACAGACUGCCUCAGUGAUUACCUGGAGAUCUAUGACAGCUAUGAUGACAUCACAGGGCUUGCUGGACGGUACUGUGGGUAUGAACUGCCUGAAGACUUUUUUAGCACAGGUAAUGUCAUGACACUGAAGUUCCGCUCAGAUUCUUCUGUUUCUGCAGGAGGAUUUCAGCUACAGUACAUAGCUGUAGAUGAUUCUCUGCACUUCAGCAAUGACAAAGAUACUUUUGUUUGACACUGUCUUGUAUUUUUUAAGUUAUGUGUUUGUAAUCCACCUUGUAAAGAAAUGUUUAGUGUAUUACAUUUCUUUUUGUAAUUUCAUUUUCAUAUACUUUUUUUCUGCAAGUGGCAGCUGAAUAAAGGUACUGCAAGUUAUCAUAAAACAACUGCAGUGAUUUAAUGAAAAUUAGCUGACAAAACUUGUCCUUCAGAUAUUUUGACUCCAGUUCAGCCUCUUGUUGCUUGGUUUAAAAUGCUGUUAUGUUCAUCACCUGGGCUAACUUGGGUUAAAGAUCUUUAUUUCGCUGUAUUUUACAGAGUCUGCAAUUAAACAUGUGCAUUAA